AUGUUUUAUCCAACAGCCAGGGCCUUCGAGAAAAGCUCGCAGAUUGGCUUGGCAGUACAGCCGUGGCGACCCAUGGAACCAUGCACUCAAAUCAUCAACAGCGCAGUGGCUGACUUUCUGGAUGCACGUGAUGCCCAGCGAAAGUCCUCAUCUUUUGCUAUGUGUCCAGUGAUAGCGGCGCUGGCAGGCCAACGCCACGAUGAUUCCGAACAGAGUGUUUCGUCUGUGCUUGACAAGUUCCGCAUGCGAUAUGAUGUCCCCGUAGAGCUGUCUACAGUGGGGGAUUUUGUGGACUUCCCUUGGAUAAAGCCCAGUGACUUUUUGAAAGCAAUGGAGAUCUACGAAGACGACCCGCAAGUUUUUCAGGACAUCCAAAAGCUGUUGGCUCAUGACUGGAAAGAGCUCCAAGAGAAUGGUGUACAUGUGGACGGCCAUCAUGUUUACCCAGUUCUGAUUGGAAUGAAGGCUGAUUGGUCCUAUCAGGUGGAUGCUGGGAUGCUGGAGCGUUCUUAUCGCCGAGCCCCAAAAGGGCUUAUCAGACAAUCCUUCCUGGAAGAGCACGCACUGCCCUGGAGUUCUGAGUCACUGUGGACACAGAUCCUGAUGCAGGAUGAGUCAGUGAACGGUAAGCCUAGAUUUUACCGCCCCGAUAUCUGGCAUGUUGUCCAAAUGGGUGUUGGCAAGGAUUUUGCAUCUGCAGCCAUGGUAUUGCUUGUUCGGGUUUUACCAGCUACCAAUGUCGAUGACCGUUUUGCUCUUCUUUCAGAUAUGUAUCUUCGAUGGUGCCGGGAGUUCAAGAAAACUAGAUACAUCAGCAAAAUCGACAAGCGUUUUGUUGGAGGAGCAGGUUUGAGAGAUGAACCGCAUGGAGCCUGGAACAAAGCCGCGCUUACUGUCACGAUCCUAGAGUUCUUGCAAUACUUUUGUGAACAGCACAAAGAAGUUCUGAUGGAACAUACUGAUGUGAGGCUUCGGUACGUGUUUGCUGCAGUUACCGCCCUGAACACGUUCAUGUCUGGUCUCUAUCACCAAGACUUGUGGAUACCAUCUAGUGAGGCUAAGAGAUUGGCAGCCCAGGGCAUGAGAUUUGUGAAAAUGUUCAUGUACCUUGCCCAUCUCAGUGCAAUGGAAGGCCAGCCAUAUUUUGCACUGAGACCAAAACUCCACUUACUGCAUGAAUGCGCUGUGUGGCUUGACAUACAGUCUGCAAGGGCGGCUUUCGCUUUCAAUGUGUUAGCUGAAUCAUGUAGUCUUGACGAGGAUUUUGUGGGAAGACUGGCUUUUGUUUCCCGGACUGUUUCACCAAGAUUGGUCAGCCAAAGGUCUAUAGAAAGAUAUUUGGUGCAAAUCCAACUGUCAUGGUCAGAGCCAGAAUCUGCAAGAUGA